UUGCAACAUAAAAAUGUGACUGACUGUUAAGUCCUGUGUUUGGUCUACUUUGAAAAUUUUGAUUUUGGUACAAAACUUUUCAACUUGAAACGACAAAAUUCAGUCCAACAUUAACCAAAGGAAAAUCUGAUGGUUGUAUCUGAAUCAAAGCAGCUUGAGUGUGUACAUGUAAAUUCUGCUAAAGCUUGAAAAAUGUCUUAUCUGUUUGCAUGUUGUGACAUAUGUAGUCGAUGUUUUGGUAAUUGCAUGAGGAUAAACUUACUUGUACCUGUUUACUUGUAUUUCUCUGAGAUUCAGAAAUGUUAUGUUGAUGUGUUUACUACACUGGUACAGUGCUACAUUACUGUAUCUCUUAUGUGUGUUUGGAGUUUUCUUUCCAUCUUAAAUUGAAUUUCCAUUUUUGGCAUGAUCAAUUCCUGGACAGUACGCAAUGCCCUGAAAUGGAUUAAAGUUGUUCCGUUCCGCCAAGCGAAAGACCAAUACAAAGACUUGAAGUACGACUACUCGCUGACGGAGGAUUAUUGCCAGAACCACUUCCUUGCUGGACUGUUGCUUAGGGAAGUGGGUGUGGCACUUCACGAUGUCACGGAGGUACGCCAGCAUGGUAUCCGAGUUCUACGCAACCUCCUGGCCAAGCACAGUGCGGAUGACAGAUAUCAUUCAAAGCAACACCAAGCUCGCAUUGCCACCCUCUAUCUGCCCCUCAUCGCCAUCAUCCUUGAGAACGUCCACCGACUCGCCAAAGACCUCCCUCAGACCAUCGGCCCUUCCACGAACCUCAACGGAGGCCAGGAGAAUGUCUUUGACCUUUCCAGCCUGUCUCAGGUCUCGACGGACAGUUCACAGAGUCACCAAGGCCACGAGCGAAGCAACAGCGUGUCCUCGAGUAGCAAGUCUCGCUCUCUGCAGAGAGAUUCCAACGUCCUUGAUAUCAUAGCCGGAAGAGCCAACAUGCCAGCUAGUCUUCCCCAAACCUCUCAUUUCGUGCGAAACAUUGGAGUGCGUCAUUCCAUUUCCGCCCCAUCCAUGCCCGAAGCCCAGCAAAGGCGAAUGAGCGCGUCAGCCGAGCCAUCUGAGAACAGCAAUAAAUACGCGAGGGCACUUUCUAACUCGUCGACCACGCCCAGAAAUCGUAAUAGGCUAUCCUGGAGCAGUAGUUACGGAGGUGAAGCUACCGUCGAUAUGCAGUUUUUACGCGGCCUGCAGAGUAUAGCGACGCCACCCACGGCCGCUGGGGCGUUUUCGUCAUCGUCUCCCGGAUCCAACAAAUCUAGUAACCGUUUGUCCUGGAACUUUCCAGGGAAUCAAAUUAAAUCCGACCACGCUUUCUGGCGGUCGCAUAGCCCGACCCGGCCCGGCGAGAAACCUCUUGCUUCGCUGUCCAAUUCUAAAAACGCUUCGCCGUAUAACAGUACGGGCUUCUUAGCGAUUCCAGGUGGCACGCCCUCGAUCUCAACACCCCGCCCACUCACCGACAAAGACCGGACUGGGUCCAGCAGCUCGCUCAGUAGCAACGCGAGCACGUCACCGGGCCAAAUCCACAUCAACGGAAACGCCACGCAUACCUCUCUCAGCGAUACCACCAGUGUGGAUGGACAUGGGUCCGUCUCGCGUUCCCACUCGCGGUCUAAAUCCUCAGCGAUCAUGUAUGAUAAAUUAUUAGACCACGAGAUAAAGGACUUGCUCAUCUCCUUUCUCUACAUCAUUAAGAAUGUCAAUGAAGAAGUACUUCUCGGCUGGUGGAGUCAAAGUUCUGAGGACGAUCAGCUUAAAUUGUUCGAUGUACUAGAGCUCUGUCUUCAACAUUUCCGAUACGUAGGCAAAAAGAUCAUCAUGCAAAGCAAACUUCGUGAAAAAACAUCGACCAGUGAGCGAAGCCGAACCCUGCCUGUUGCCCUCAAGAGACUGCCCCAGACCAGGUCACUGGUCGAAGUUGGAGAUCUACCUCUGGUUGCUGCAUUGACAGAAUCCGAUGCUAGUCAGAGGAUCAGUCAAGAAGCUAAUCUAGCUGUAGAGUGUGGUAUGAUUAUCUUGGAUGUUCUGGGUCUCUACUGUACAAACUUCAAGACUGCAAUGGACAGUAGUGAUGGUAACAAUCCGCUAAUGAGGAAAGUGAUUGAUAUAUUCAUCAGUUUCCUACAUACGGGACAGUCUGAGUCAACGCUCAAGAAUGUGUUUAGUUCUCUACGGCUCUUCCUCAACAGGUUCCCUGUGCCUCUGUUCAAAGGAACAGCGAACCUGUGUGGAGACCUUUGCCUUGCACUUCUGAAGAACCUAAAUUCCAAACUGGUCUCGACGAGGAAUGAGGCUUGUGCUCUUCUGUACCUUCUAAUGAGAAGUAAUUUUGAGUUUACUCAGAGGAAAGACUUUGUCAGAGUACAUUUACAGGUCAUCAUUUCUGUAGCGCAGUUAAUAGGAGAGGCAAACAGCUCCCACUUUCAAGAGUCCUUAGCAACCAUCAACAACUAUGCCAACAGUGACAAGGGAAUGCAGCACACUGCCUUCCCAUCUCAAGUCAAGGACCUCACCAAGAAGAUCCGCACGGUUCUCAUGGCAACGGCCCAGAUGAAGGAGCACGAGAAGGACCCAGAGAUGCUGGUAGAUCUCCAGUACAAGCUUGCCAAGUCGUACGCCAGCACCCCAGAGCUCAGACGGACGUGGCUGGACAGUAUGGCUAGGAUACACAUAGACAAUGGCAACUAUUCGGAGGCUGCCCACUGUUACAUCCACAUAGCAGCGUUGAUCGCAGAGUACCUCAAGCGGAAGGGGACCUAUCCUCAAGGUGUCCAGGCCUUCCGGAACAUCUCACCAAACAUUGAAGGAGAGGAGAAGGGCAUCAAGAGCGAUACGGGAAUGCAAGAUGUCCAGUACACUGAGGACAAUCUACUAUCUGAGCUGGAGCUGUGUGCCGAAGGCCUACAGAAGGCAGAAAGAUACGAGUCGAUGGGGGAGGUCUACAAACUCAUCAUUCCAUUUUAUGAGAAGAAGAGAGAUUUCCAGAAACUUGCCCUUGCUUACGGCAAGCUCAGCAAAGCUUACGAGAAGGUCAUGAAAUUACAAGGAACCGGCAAGCUGUUGCUAGGCAACUACUUCAGGGUUGCAUUCUUUGGUCAGUACUUUGAGGAGGAUGAUGGGAAGGAAUACAUCUACAAGGAGCCGAAGGUCACGACCUUAGCAUCGAUUUGUGAGAGGUUACAAGCCCUCUUCUCCGACAAGUUUGGUUCCGAGAAUGUGCAGCUUAUCCGGGAUUCUAGUAAGGUUAAUAUUGACACGCUGAAACCUAACAUCGCCUACAUCCAAGUCACCUUCGUGAAGCCCUACUUUGAUGAGAGGGAGCUUGCGGAAAGAAGGACAAUCUUUGAGCGGUCAAACAACAUCAGACGAUUUGUCUUUGAGACGCCUUACACCAAGAAGGGCACUGCUAGGUCAGGAGCCGUCGAGGAACAGUUCAAGAGAAAGACCAUCCUUACAACCUCACACACAUUCCCAUACAUCACCAAGCGGAUCCAGGUAUGCUACCAGCAGUCGCAGGAACUCAACCCGCUCCAGGUGGCCGUAGAGGAGCUCCAGGUCAAGGUCAAAGAGAUGAACGAGGUCCUGGAGAUGGACAAUGUGGAUAUGAAGCGGCUCCAGCUCUUACUACAGGGUAGUGUCAGCGUACAGGUGAAUGCAGGACCAAUGGCAUAUGCAGCGGCAUUCUUAGGAAAGGGCAGAGAGGAGAAGUGGAACAGCCAACAAAUCAGUGACCUCAAAAAAAUCUUCAGGGAUUUUGUGACAGCAUGUCACAAUUCACUGUUCGUCAACGCUCAGCUGAUCAAGUCUGAUCAGAUUGAGUAUCAUGACGACCUUGAACAGAAGUUUCAUUCCAUGGUCCACACCAUAUCAUCUUUGACAGGGGAUAAGUUAACCGAUGACGAACACACCCUAGAGAGACGAUCAUCAUCCACCAUCUUCAGUGCCAUCAGCGGGACACCUUGACCCCUGCAUCCCAUGACCCUUGAACCCUUAAGAUGACCUCCCCCUGGAUCCCAUGACCUUUGAACCCGUAAGAUGACCUCUGAAACUGGGUGACCUUCAAUCCCAAAGAAGUCGACCGAUCACUGGACUGGCUCCAUGUGAAUGAGUGUUGGAACUUGGUUAGGGGAGCAUUUCAUGAAACAAAUUGCCUGCGAUUUUCACUGGCUUUCGUUAUAAGCUACUGCAAAUCCUUGCAUCCGAUUGGCUGAGAGCAAGUUAGUAGGCGGAAAUCAAAUGAAAGGCUCCUCCCAUUUACCUAGGGUGCAUUCAAGAAUUUUUUUUGUUAAAGUUCAAAUCAAUAUGCCUAUAUGAUUACUGCAAGAAAACAUUCAAGCAUUCUAUGAGUUCGAACAGGAUAACAAAUAUUUUACGGUGUUAAAACGUAUGAACUGAUUUAUCUAGCCGGUGGUUCAACGAAGAAGUCGACUGUACAAAUAAGCAUUCUUGUUCUGCAUUGGGAACAUAAAUAUGGGUCUUCAUACAAGACUAUAUCCAUUAAAACCAGCUUGAUUUGACCUAAUUUGUGUUUUAUCUCUAUUUAUUUUCUACCUACUUGUAUCUAAGAUACCUUACAACAUUGUGUGUGAACAAGCUCGAAAAUUAAUGCAGUAAAUGUAGCAUAUUUUUUUUGCCGACAAACCUUGAACUCAUGGAUCUGCAUUUUACUGAUAUCACCCAUGUCUGUAUUUCUCAUAAUUUCCUAAAGGUUCCUAUGACUUCAUACGUUUGAUUAUUUGUAAAGAAAUAUGAUUUAUAUGUAGCUGUUUGGGAUUCUGUUUUACUGUAUGUACAUUGACUCUGGUACUCGGCAAAGACUUCUCCUGAGAGAACCGGUUACACAAAACUGAUUGUACAAUUAUGAUUGAUUGUGCAUUGUGGUCAAUGUAAUACGUCAUAAAGAUUAUUUCUAUGAUCAGUUGCUAGGGUUUGUGUUAACAGACUUCUUGAUAUGGCAUUGAGGUUAUGAACUUGAGCGUGAGAAGCUUGAUAAGGGGUCAUUGGAAUAUGCCAGGUACAUGAAAAUGGCAUGCACAAAUAUAUUGUCAUGCUUUUCACGUACAAAUAUCCCCAUUUUAUGUCAUCUCGUUGUAGCCUACUGUUCUAAAUAUUUAGGUAAACUAUUUAUUCAUUUUGUAGCUUAUAUAGUAAAGAGUAAUAUAUCUUUGUAGAGUGAUUUCUUUUUAUUCAUCUGGGUGCUAAAUGAUUUUAUUUGGCAAUAUCUGAAUAUAUCGGGCUUUAACACAGGUAUUGUAAAGAGACAAUACAUGGAGCUUUCAAAUAAGCAAAUUAUGAAUGUGUUGUCUGGUGACUUCUACAUGUACUUCUACCGAAAAAAUAUGUCUAAUUGGGAAAGAACGUUUACAUGAAAGUGACACACACAAAAAUAAUGGUAAUGGUUGUUAUCCAAAGGAAUCUCAACUCGAGUAGUAUUGAAAUUGAAUGUAUGUUGGCAUUAGUGUAUACAUAUAUAUUUCAAUUUUUGGAUAGCCAUCAUUUACCAAAAUGUACAUGUUAAUUUUGACAUUAAUUUACCACUUACAUACCUGGUACAUGUACAAAAAGGUGAUUGAGUUUGCGAUAUUUGGUGCAAUUACGAAACAUGAUCAUAAAGACUUUUAUUGCGGAUGUAUGCGUAAAUGAAGAUGAUAUUAAGAAAGGGGCCAAUAUUGUGUGAUUCAAAAAUGGAAACAAAAAUAAUUUAACAGUGUUCUUUCAUUUAGAGUUCAAAAUUCUGAGUUUUUGUGCUACAUGUAUGUGAUUGUAAGAAUUUCUAUAAUUUCGAUUAGGUAUCAAAUAGAAUGGACUCAAUACAUUUAUUUACAUUCCAUUAAUUUUUUGUGAGGAUGACUAUUAAAUAUUACUGAAGGAGGAUGGGAAGCAAACAUACUGUGUUUUAUGUUGCAUUUGAUAAUAUAGUUGUGUUUAAAAGCAUUUCAAAGAACAUGAGAUGUUUGCAUAUACAUGCAUGCAGACAUGUAUAUGUUUUCAAAGUGUAGUCUGCAUUUCAAACUGCAAAGAAAUUCCCAAUAAAUAUUUGUAGUACAGAUACAUUCGUGUACUAUAGGAUCAUAUGAAGAAUAUGAUUACACUGUAACCUUGGCAACGUGGGUAUAAGGUGAAUAUUCCAUUUUCGUUAUGUACCGUCUGCCAGUGUAGGGAGGAAAAAGUAAUAAAUAAUGACUGAAAUAUCGUGGAUCAUUAAUUUUCAGUUUUAUUUGUUUUUCGACAUACCAAGUCAUAUAUUUCAUAUGACGUCAAAUUUGCACUGCUAUCAUUAGUCUAAAUAACAUGUUUGAAUCAUAUUGAUGUGCCGCAUCCAUGUAUUUGUUAAAAUAGUAACUUCUGUCACAAGUACGCUGUACUGUACAGAUAAUUAAAAGUUUUAUUUUGAAAUUGAUAGACAAAUCACUGUGGGUGAUCAGUUUGAGCAACUCAAAGUUUUAUUAAUCGUUUUCUAUAUAUAUAUAUAUAUGUUAUACAGACUUGGUCGUUAUAGGAUUUCUUUUUAAGCAGAUAACAUUAUAAAUGUAGUCUUUUUUGUAUAAAAUAUGAAUAAUUAAGAAUCUUUAGAACCUGUAUGAUAUAAAAUACCAUCACAUCGGAGGCAUGAUGAUUAUAGAUGACAUUUCCGAUAAAUCUCGUAAAAAAGAUGGUGACCAGAACUUGUUUUGACUAUGUAAAUAAAUCAUAUUUUCCUUCCACCAUGCUCCUCUGCAAGUUUAACUUAACAAGUGGUGGUAGAUAACGCUGAGAAAUAGAGUACAUGUACGUUGUUUUUCUUCUGGUGGGUGUUUGUGUAUUUGUGAAUUAUUAAGUGUACAGUUAUGACAAUAUGCCAAAAGAUAUGUUUAUUUUUUUGAAGAGUGAAUGAGAUUGUUGUGGUGGAUUUGUGUGUACUAAGCCUUGACAAUAUGCACUAGUAGAACAGGUUUGGGAGAAGAGGUUCUAUGACAAAAUUUUGAAAACCAAAUAAAUAUCUGAUUUAUGAGUAGCGCCAUUAGUUUUUAGCUUCAGUUUACAAGGUAAAAAAUAACGAGUUUCAUAUUAAUAUAUGUACAGAUAUACAAGAGAAUCGGUAUGUCUCUGCAUAAGGUCUGAAAGAGUUAGGCCAUUCAGUAAAAGAUGUUAAUUGUAGCCUUAUUUGACCAGUUUUCUUCUUCAAAUUGGCAGUAUUUUUUUCAACAACAAAUUCAUUUUCCGAAAUAAAACUCGAUCUGUCAAAUAUAAUAUUCAUGGAAUUAAAAUGGACCAGUUUGCUAAGAAUAUACUUAUUUGUUUAAUGUAUUUGUUACAAUUCGGGAGAUCUGGAGUCUGCAGGAAAAAAAUGUUGCCAAUUUGUAAUGAACAUGUGACAGAAUUCUGUUGGUUUAAGGUUAAAUACAAUAUAUUGUCAAAUGCCAACCCAUGCCAAUGCAGACAUGGUCAGAAAUCCUAUUAUAAAAGCAUUCAAUGUUUAUAGAAUACCGUUUGAAAUGGUAAAGUGAUGCUAUUAAUAUGAAUAUUGAAAUGGGAAUCUUUCCACCUUAAUUAAUAUUAAAAAAAUCCUUUAUCAUAUUUUUGCUUUAUGAUUUCAGAAUCUGUUUAGGUCCCUUUGCAAAUUGGUAGUUUUAAUAUACAUGUAUAAAGGAUGACCUUUAUUUUCUUUUCCUACAAGGUUAUGUGUGAAAACAUAUAGCCAUUUUAGUUUGAAUAAUUAAAUCUAACUUGUGUUACCGUAUUGUAGAUUUAUACUUAAUUCUUUUAUAUAUAUUAUAUAUAUUUGAGUCUGCAUGGGACAAAUGAUUGCAACAGUCAAAGCAAACUCUCGGAACAGAUUAUGCAAAAAAAAAAUUACUACCCAUUUUUGGAUUACAUAGAGUUAAUCAAAAUCCCACAAGCAUUUCUAAAUUAAAAAAUAGCAGUUCAGGGGCUUUCUUUUUAGAUUUUUGUUUCAAUUAAUAUAAAAUGAUAUUCAAAUAUUUGUUAAAUUUAUCAAAUGCAACCCCAUAGGUAAUGAUAUCUUCUACCAUCACGCUAUCAUGUGAUCAGUUUUGGAGAUGUGCUUGUUUCUCUUCAGUUGAUUAUAUUUUUGCAGCUGCAUACAUCGCUAUUGUUUAUAUUUAUAUAUCGUCAUAACAGAUCAACUAUAAAAAUUAAGACCAUUUUAGCAUUUUAUUCCUUGUCAAUUAGAUUAGGAUGAUUUAAUCCAGUAAUGCAUAAAAGUUAAAAUGGAUGAAACAACAGCCAUUUUUUUUCAAGUCAGCAAGUGUUAUUUAUUCAAUCCCAAACUUUCUGACUUAAUUUUUUUCUGUGUACAAAUUUACUGGAUGACUUAAGAGAUACCAUGGUAACAGACGAGACUGAAGGCAGCAGAAGAUUGUACUAAUUCAUAUUCAUGAAAUAUUGAUCAUGGAUCGGAAUAAACGCAACAUAGAUCAGAAAACAGUACAUUAAAUGAGUUACUUUUGUAUAACUCCCCUUUGCUACUGCUAUGAAUAAUAUUUGGGUAUUAUUCUAAAAUGAAUAUCUGACUGUAUUAUUUGGAUAAUGUUAUUAAACGAGUAUUAUGAGACUGAAUGUUAUGAUUAUGUAAUAUAUUAUUGGUAGAGGACCCAGCUCUCGCACAUGCAUAUUUUUUAACCAUUGACGAUGUUUGUUUGAUGAAUAUUCUGUAGUGAUAGCGAAAUGAAGGUGAAUACUAUCUAUUCUGCCGUACUUUGGCAAAAGGAAGCAUGUUACAAAAGUAUAAUUUUGUUGUAAAUGAGCAAUGUGUGUUUGCCAUUUGCAUUGGCGUCAAUGCAAAUUAACAGCAUAUUUUCUUCAAUAUCUAUCCAUAGAAUGAUAAUUUCUUCCCCAAAUUUCGCCUGAACGUGCACCAUACAAAGGGUGUUUCAGAAACAACAAUAACUCAAAUUUGACUGAUGUGUGACUUGCUUCCUUUUGCCAAAAUUAGGCAGUAUUAUUACCAAUAAGACAAAUAAAAUCGAGGCAUGUCAUACUAAGCCAUGUCAUAAAUCUAUGA